AUGGCUCCAAGCACCACCUACCAAUACCAACCCAUCAUAACCGCCGAGGCAGACCUCCCUACCGCCCGCAAACGCCGCACCAUCUACCUCCGUCCCUUCCUCCUCUUCUACCUCAGCUCCCUCGUGGCAGAGACCAUCUUCCUGGCGGUCGGCGUCUUCAUCAUGAGCGGCACCCGCGACCUCUUCUAUAAGGUCCUGUGGACGCUCGCGGCGCAUUUCACGGGCAUCCUCUCGUUGCUGGUGCUCAGCAGCUGCAACUAUCUGUGCUACAAUCUGGAUCGGAAUUUUGGGUGGUUCGGGGCCACUGAGCAUCCGAUGUGGUUCCAUUGGCGGUAUCCGAUGAUCUGGGGGGUGGGGUAUGCGAACGGGUUGCUGUUAUUUACGGAUGAGGGGCAGAAGAAGUUGGCGCGGUGGGGGCUUUAG